AUGGAAAAAAAAGGAGGAUUCCAUUCCAUAAAUCAUCUUGGCGGGCAUCAAAAAAACUUCAACUCAUACAUUCUGAUGUUGCAGGACCUCAAAGAACACCAUCAUUGCAAGGUUAAGCGUGACAAGCUUGAUAAAAAGGCCAUUCCGGGAAUCUUUGUAGGUUAUGGUUCCGUUUCUAAAGAAGAAUCAGAGGAUGAACCGAUAGAUGAUGCCUUGGAAGACGAGUCAAUUGAUGAUCCUCCCGUAAGAGGUACAAGGCUACUUACAGAUGUCUAUGCAAGGUCAGGUACUUUCAACUAUGACAGUAAAUACAGAGUAGCUACUAAAGAGCUUUCAAAAGGUGGAUUUUUAAUCAAUCAUUCAAAAACUUUGGUGGGGUCAGGCUCUGAUGCAUAUGACAAAGGCAAGACUGCUCUGCAAACUUGGAGGCAUUUCGGAUUGAGUUGGGUAUUUGUUGAUCCAAACACACCAAUUGAAAAUGGGGUGAAGUUUUGUGCUUGUGUGAAGGAGUUCAUUCCAUGGCUCAGGAUGCCUUUGCAGGUUGUUUAUGUUAAUGAAACUAGAAACCCUAAAUUGUCUGUUGCUUCUUAUGGUUUUGGUGGAGGCACUCAGAGGACACUUACUGUCUGGUGA